AUGUCAUCGUAUGGCAGCGUCUUCAGAAUCGAGAUGGAGAUGUCGCGUAGUGAUUCCAGCUACAACGCAUAUGUGGUGUUCAGGCCUCCUCCCCACAAACCUAUCCCUUGCGAAAAGCUGCGAGUCGGUGCUGCAUAUGUGCGGUCUGAAAUACGCCCACCUCUUGCCGCUACUGUCCCAAGUCCCACAAAUCCCGCGAAGAAGUAUUACGAACUCACCAUACUUUCUGCGAAGCGGAUCGAGUUUGGCGUCAGAGUGGCGGAAAAAGCCAUGAUUGCUAUGCGCACCGUCGUGCCACCUGCGAAGGAUGGCGUUCAGGUGAUGCUAAGCUUGAAGCGCAAAGAGCUUGAUAUUCUGUUUUCACUUCAUAUUCCUGUAGACAACCGGAUGCGAAAGUUUCGCUUCUCCUUACCCAUUUCUCUGAUCUCGCAUAUUUAUAAAACCAAAGAUAGUACCGGCCAGCCGUCCCUCGUCAUUCCAUUUGACUCCACGCCAUGUUUUUACAUGCAGAAAAACGAAGGUGAAGACUUGGGCGACGGGCGAAAGCAAACUAGUUUCUCUAGAACAGACAAGAUCUGGAGUGAUUGGGAUACUUGGUACCGAGUAACUGAUAUCGUUGAUGGAGCCAUUCGAACAGUUCUCCGGCGUACUCCCGUGAUGAAUCAUAGAGGCACUGCUAUCAUCGACAUUGGUCGAUGGACCGACUACCGCCUUGUAUUCGAUAGUUCAUCAUUGAGUGGCCCGCAAUUCAAGAACUUCAGCGACGCCCUAGUCGACUAUGGGGUGGAGAUCAAGGAUCUCAUUGACUAUCCUACCAAGCGGAAAAUCCCCUCGCCGUUAUGGAGUCUUUUGUCAGAGGAAAUCUACGGUACACAUCCACAUCUCGAUGUCACUCCCAGCAACCAGGGAAUGGAUUUCAACAAUAUCUUCGCAAGACAGGCUCAUCUGAGUUUUCCGGUACGCUACCAGCUUGAAGUCUGCCUUUCAAAUGGGUAUAUCAAAGAGCACAACAUCACGACUGGAUUCUUGAAGAAGUUAGAGACGCUAGAGAGCCAACAAGCCGUGCACAUCUUGGAGAAGGUUGCUGAUAGGCAGAAAAUCUACUAUGAUCCUACGGAGAUUUUCAAUAUCCCAAUCAAAAGUACGAAAAGAAAGAUACCCAGCUAUUGCCUUCUGCAGCGAUCGGUUACCAUUACUCCAACCAUGAUGCAUGUGGCAACACCUGUGAUGGAGACAUCCAACCGUAUCAUUCGCAAAUAUGAAGCGGAUGCUGAUCGCUUUGUUCGGGUGAGAUUCACCGACGAGAAGUCCGAGGGUCAGCUGCGUAACCAGCCAAACGGUAGGGCUGAAGCACUAUUUGACAGGGUUUUUCGUGCCAUGAAGAACGGUAUCGUUGUUGCCGGGAGAUACUAUGAGUUCCUAGCAUUUGGAAAUUCACAGUUCCGUGAGAAUGGUGCCUACUUUUAUGCGCCUACAGCGUCAAAGUCGGCAAACGAUAUCCGUAUGUCUCUUGGGGAGUUUGAUCAUAUCAAAACCGUAUCCAAGUUUGCAGCGCGCCUAGGUCAAUGUUUUUCUACAACGCGCGCAAUGGGGGUUACUGUGAAGCUUGUUAUAGAUCAAGAUGUUGAGCGCAACGGUUUCGUCUUCACGGAUGGAGUUGGAAGGCUCUCCCCAUUCCUGGCCAAAAUGGCAGCUCAGGAACUUGGCUUGGCCAACGCAUUUACUGACCCACCUUCCCUCUUCCAAUUUCGACUUGGAGGAAGCAAAGGUGUGCUUGCACUCGACCCGGAAUUGAAUGGUAGCGAAGUUCGCAUUCGACCGAGCCAAUACAAAUUUCGGGCUCCUCAUACCGGCCUUGAAAUCAUUCGAUCAUCUUCCUUUGCAACACCAUAUUUCAACCGGCAGAUCAUUCUCGUUCUGUCAUAUCUUGGCGUCCAAGAUGCGGUCUUCCUUCGAAAACAAGAAGACAUGAUGAAUGAGUAUUCGAGAGCAAUGACUGAUGAAAUGGCCGCCUUACAGAAACUCCGAAAAAACAUCGACAUUAACCAGAUUACCUUGACGAUGGCUGCAAUGGUUUUGGAUGGUUUCAUGGAAUCUCGUGAGCCUUUCAUCAUGUCUUUGCUCGCACUUUGGAGAGCUUGCACGAUCAAGAACUUGAAGGAGAAGGCACGGAUCGCUAUUGAUAAUGGUGCCUUCUUGCUAGGCUGCGUUGACGAGACCAAGGAGCUCAAGGGGCAUUUCAACGACCCUCAAUCCAGGCGUGAUGCUACCAGGGAUGAGAAACUAGCGACCCUGCCAGAAAUAUUCUUACGGGUCAGCGAUCCCAACAACAAAGGUCAUUAUAUCAUCAUCGAAGGCAUAUGCAUACUAGCACGAAAUCCGUCAUUGCACCCAGGAGAUGUUCGAGUGGUCCGCGCAGUGAACGUCCCAAAACUUCACCAUCUCAAAAACGUCGUGGUAUUUCCCCAGACUGGUGAUCGCGACCUUGCAAACAUGUGCUCUGGGGGUGAUCUUGAUGGGGAUGACUACAUGGUUCUAUGGGACAAAGACCUGGUACCGAAACUCAUCAAUGAGCCGCCGAUGGAUUUCACGCCGGAAAAACCACUGGAGAUUGACGGUCCGAUUUCUGCAAUGGAUAUGAGUAGGUUCUUUGUCAACUACAUUAAAAACGAUGCUCUCGGUCCGAUUGCUCAUGCGCAUCUUGCGCAAGCCGAUCUCAAUGAAAAGGGCGUUGGCGAUCCAAUCUGUCUCGAACUGGCGGAGCUGCAUUCAAGAGCAGUGGACUUCCCCAAGAGCGGCAUACCAGCUGAAAUGAAGCGCGAACUCAGGCCAAGGAAAUGGCCGCAUUUCAUGGAGAAGAAGUAUCUAUCUCAGCAUCAGAUCUAUAAGUCCAAGAAUAUUCUCGGUCUUCUCUACGAUGAGGUGAAAUUGAUCGACUUCGAGCCCCAGUGGGAGAAUCCGUUUGAUAAGCGCAUCCUGGAGGCGUUCGACCUCGAUGAAGAGCUAUUGGACAAGGCGGCGAGUCUUAAGCUCUCAUACGACGAAGCACUCCGACGACUGAUGGCCAAACAUGGUAUCAAAACCGAAUUCGAAGCAUGGUCUGUCUUCGUACUGGUGCACAACCACGAGAGCGGCGACUACAAAUUUGCAGAAGAAUUCGGCAGAACCAUUGCAGCCUUGAAGCAUCAGUUCCGCAGCGAGUGUCGCACUGCCGCGGAGCUAAGUGAUAACAACGACUGGGCACGCCUAGGACCUUUCGUUGCUGCCAUGUACACAGUCACAGCACGCGAGAUGGAGACCGCUUUGGACGAGUGUACCAAAACCAAGACUAUCGGAGGCAGUACCGUACCUCUUCACAUCAAGGACCCGGAGCACAUGCCGCUGAUCUCUUUCCCAUGGCUUUUCCCAAGUGAGCUUGGAAAGAUUGCUACCGGUGGUAAGACGAGUCACCAGCCGAACGGAACCAGCAAUCAGCCUCGCCAAACCAAGCACGUUCGCCCAGCUAAGACAGAUGCUGAAAUCGGAGCUGUGGAGACAGCAGCAGGUACCACGCAUUACGGAGAAAUACUGGACUUGGAUUUACUGGGCUUGGAUCUCAGCCUCCCAGCACUUCAAGCGUGCGACCCCGUCGCAACACCUGAGAGGCGGUAG